AUGGGUGCCCGUGCCGUGUGGACAGAAGCUACGAGUAAACUCAGACCAUGGAUACCUGGCUCUUGGUGGAAAGCAUCUUCAGCAGUAUACUUCAAGGUGGAGCGCAUGUGUGAAGCAUCCGCGUUCGGUUAUGUAGUGGAGCCUGACUUUCCGGUUCAGUUGGGAAUCCGCUGCAAAAAUCGUCAUCCACAUGUUCUGGAUGUGCCCCUUGCGGUACAUGGCGUUUCCGAAGAGCUUGUUGAAGGGCAGGUCUAUGCAAUGUGUGGAACAUCUGCUCCUCUCUUUUGCGAUGGAUGCUGGGAGUUUAUUGCUCCCAGUCUUCGGUGUAGCAUUGGCAUCUGCUGCAUUCUUGGGUGGCGUACUUUGGUGCGGGCCAUGCCGGCGCCUGGUUUGCAUACAGCAGAAGUCCGGGCAAGUCGUGGUGAUAGUGGUUUGGCAUCAGCUGCUACAGCACUUUGUGGCUUUGUCGAUGUGGCUGGAAAGUUUCAUUCAUGUCCGCCUCCAGAAAGUGAAACAACUGUGCGUGGUUGGUUGGAGCAAUGGGUCCCUUCAUGUAUGUUGGAUGUGGCAUGGUUCAGCUUCAAUGGCAAAUGGAUGGAUCCAGAAACCUCCCUGGGGCAACAUGAGGCAAUCUUGGAUGGCACGCACCCCAAGCUUUUGCAACAUGUCUCCAAUGGUUGUUCUGGCAAAUGCUUGCUACCCAUUGAAGAAGCAGAAAUGCUGUGCUCACUGGGAAAGUCCAUUUCAGCAGAUGAGUGUGGCGUUGUCGUUAUGGGAACGACGCCUCCAAAAGCUGGAAAUUGGCCUUGUGUUGCAUUGACCUUCCUUGCCAAUCACGCUCAGGCGGGCAAGAUUCUGAUCAAAGGUUUCCUGUUGAAUCUGGGUGAUAAGGCAAUCACCGUUCAGACGGAUGACGAUGUCCUCACCAUGCCAUCCAAAGACACGCAAAUGAUCACCAUCGAAAUCUCCAAGAAGCACGUGGAUGACUGGAGUGCAGUGCAGCAGAAUGCCAUGCGGUAUGCAUGGCAAAGCAUCGCAGGUUUGCAAGAGGCAGCGCUUGGAUCAUGGAGCCGUAAGUACUUUAACGGUAAGGUUGUUAGCACCGCGAAGGAUGCAACAUCGUUUCAUGGAUUUGUGAAAGUGCUCUCAAGUGAACUUUCAAGGUUGCUGCAAUCGUCAGGUGCCGGUGGCGUUUUCUUGACGCCCAAAUCUAAGGACGCUUCUGGUCCUUCCACAGAGUUUAAGGUGAUUUGGGGAGAUUCAGAUGAUCUUUCGAAGGCCCUCAUUGUUGCCCGCACGAACAGUGCCAUCUUUGGGGUCGUCAAAGGUCGCGAUUGCCUUGGAUGGCGUGUGAAGGUUAAGGAGUAUGUUGCAGUGCGUAAAGUGAUCGAGCCGACAUGGCAGGAGAAUAAGAAUCUUCGGUAUGACAUUCUCAUAGGUCGUAAGUUUACUUUGGCCCCAUUGCCGCAGGAUGUAGACCGUGAGGCUUUGCAGCAGAUCCUGAUGUCAUUUGCGUGGGAGGCCGUCCCACUCCGUCAGGUCAAUGCUUUAACAUGGGUCGUUGGAUCAAACGACAGUCCACCGAAGGAUGUUGUCCAUGUCGGCAAUACCCUCGUACUCAUUCGUGAGGAUUUGCAGCGACCAAAAGCCAAACCGGAGAAUGCAGUAGUGUCGGCGCCUACGCCAGUGAGAAGAGCUUUGGAAGUCCAGUUACGCAAUCAUGCCGCCCGUCCGAGGCCAACACAAUCAGCUGUCGCAGCGAAUCCUGCCCCACCUUUGGUCAGGCAAGCUGUAGGCCCACACCAAUCCCAAGUAGAUGCUUUGCGCCAGCAGCUCGAAGAUAAGAUCAACCAGGUGAGCCAUCAAAUGACGCAAGCAGUCGCACAGAUGCAAAAUGAUGUUAGCCAGACCCGCGAGGAGGCUCGCGAACAGGUUGCAGAGUUGCGUGAUGAAUGCCAAAAGCAACAUCAGCGUGUAGAGAGCAUUGAAAAGAAUAUCCAAGAGCUCGCUGCCAACACGUGCUCGAAAGCUGAUCUCUCAGCUGUUCUUGCCGAAGCGCUGGCGAAGCAAAGUAGUGAACUGCGGGGAUGGCUAGCCAAACGCUCGCCGGAACCCUCGCCUGUUAAUGACCCCAAUAAGGUCCCGAAGCAUUCCUGA